CUCCCAUCAUGCAAUAGAAUAUGUAACCAGGAAGUACUUGCAUCUCCAUGCAACAGUUCAGGGCACAAUCCUUGAUGUAUAUGAUUUUUUUUGUGGAAUGGAAGGAUCACAACCUGGUAACAGGACAAGAGGAGGAAGAGGAAGGAAACACGAUCCAGAUGUACGAUUAUCAAAGCUCCUCUCCUAUGCGCUGCGUCAUGGGGCCAACACUUUAGGACUGCCUAUUAGAUCAGAUGGAUUUGUUCCGGUCUCCUCUCUACUUGCACUUCCUCAGUUUCGAUCAGUUUCACAAGGAGACGUUGAACGCGUGGUCAGUAAUAAUGACAAGCAGCGCUUCACCAUUCAACAAUCUGAGAAUGGAGUCCUUGAAAUCCGAGCUAACCAAGGACACUCCUUACAGGUAGAGGUUGACCUUACCCCACUGGGGGAGGAGCUUCCUCGCCAAGCCAUUCAUGGUACCUACCUUCAUCACUGGCCCUCAAUUCUACAAAAAGGACUCUCUCGUAUGAACCGCACUCACAUUCACUUAUCCCCUGAGCUCCCAGGGGAGGAUGGAGGGGUCAUUAGUGGAAUGCGCGGUAAUUGUGAGGUUGCAAUAUUCAUAGACCUCCCUAAAGCUAUUUCAGAUGGGAUCCCUUUUUUCUGGUCCACUAAUCACGUUCUCCUCACACCGGGUGAUGCAGAUGGGCUCCUCCUACCCAAAUAUUUUCUGCAAGUCCUGCAACUACAGCCUCAGAGACAACUCCUACUUGCAAAGCAGUAAUCUGAAAACGCCGUCUAUCAAGAUAAAUCUAAUGUAGUCCUGAUCCAAUCAGUAUUUAAUGCUUGAUAAAAAUGUGUGGCCUGAAAA